GUAGCAAGGACAAAACAAUUGAAACAAAGACAAGUUUUAAAAAUUCAUUCAUCAAUUCGUAAAGCAAAAAAAAUCUGGCCUGCCCAAUUUCGUCGUGCUGCUAACAAAUUAUUUAAAAUUAAUAAAAAAGAAUAUAAUGCAAGCUUUGUGAAAUUAGCAACUGAUAUUAGUAAUAUAGGACAAACCUUUAUACAUGCGACUAAUAAAGAAAUAGCGGCUUUGUCACUUAAUCAAAAUCUUCCUAAAGACACUUCUUCUAGGUUUUUUGGAUAUAGUAUUAUGGCUAACGAAAGCACACGAGAAGAAAAAAAAAUAUUAAUUAUUUGUUUUUCAUGUUGGGAUAUUAAUAAAUUAAAAUCAACAAUUACUAUAGUAAAAGUAACAGAUAUAACAUGUUGUAAUGCCGAAACAGUUUCGACCACAGUAUUUGAAACGUGUAAAGAGAAAGGGAUUGAUUCUCAAAAAUGGCAUUAUUGGGUAACUGAUAAUACGGCCUAUAUGUCUUCAGAGGCUAAUGGCGCUAUCGCUAAAUUCAACUCGUUAGCAAUAUCUCAAUCUUUCCGAAUUCCUUGUGGAUUACAUGCAACCCAUAUUGCCCUAAUGAAUUUCAAAAAUAUGGUGUUUGGAAAGCUAGAUUCUAUUAAAGAAUUGUCUUUAAAAGAACAUCUUUUUAAUCUACUUAAUCUGGCUUUUCAUCUUUACGACAGAUAUAACCUUUCAGAUAAGGACAGUCUGUUAAAUCUAAAAUUGGAAAUAUUAAAAAAACUUUAUAAAGCAAUGUUUAAUUUUGAGAUAUGCAAAUAUCAACAGCCUAUUCGUCAAUGGUGGUUAUAUGAACUUAAAACCACUAUACAAUAUCUUGACCAUUGUGAACUUACAAAUAAGCAACUUAAUCUUCAAAUACGAUGUCUCAUUAAAUUUGGUCAAAGAUACUUCCCUCUGGGCAAUCACGCCCAUGAAAUGCCAGAUAAAAUAAUAAUAUGGAUUCAAGAGCUUCAAUAUUAUCUAGAAGACAUUUAUAGGUUGUUUGAAGAUAAAUUAGUUGAUGUCAAAUGCGAAUUAAACGCAAUAGAUUUUGAAAAUUUCUAUAAAGCAUUAUGA